AUGUUAUCGUAUAGAAUUAGUCUAUUUGGUUUUAAAAAUUUGAAGCCUGUGGCUCGUAUAUCCCCCAUUAGGAGUUUUCAUAGAGGACCUAUUUGGUCAAAACAAGCCAAAUUUAAUUAUUCGAAGCAACAACCUGUGCUUCAAUCAUCUGUAGCUAAUGUUUCAAAAAAACUAUUUAAAUACAGUAUGCUUGCCAUGCUGGGUAUCACAGGAUAUUUCACGUAUAUUACAUAUUUGGAAUUACAUCCAAGGAAACAAUUACCACAGAGUACUACAUUUAAGGAUGGUUCUCCAAGGAAAAGACUGGUAAUAUUGGGUACUGGUUGGGGUGCUGUGUCAUUAUUGAAAAAAUUAGAUACUACAGAGUAUAAUGUUGUUGUAGUGUCGCCAAGAAAUUAUUUCUUAUUUACUCCUCUUUUGACCUCUACACCUGUUGGUACUAUUGAUUUAAAGUCUAUAAUGGAGCCUAUUAGACAUAUUUUGAAAAGAAAGAAAGGUGAAGUUGUUUAUUUAGAGGCAAAUGCUACUGAUAUAGAUCCAACAAAAAAAAAUAUUAAAAUAAUGGAUAAUAAUAAUAAUGAAACAAGAACUUUACCCUACGAUUAUUUGGUUAUGUGUGUCGGAGCAGAGAGUACUACAUUCCAUAUCCCUGGUGUCAGAGAAAAUGCGAUAUUUAUUAAAGAAGCUUAUGAUUCUACUAGAAUGAAGGAAAAAAUUCUUAAUAAUAUUGAAAGAGCAGCCUUCUUAGAGAUGGAUGAUCCAAAGAGAAAACAAUUAUUAACUUUUGUUGUAGUUGGUGGUGGACCUACCGGAGUUGAAAUGGCAGCAGAGUUACAAGAUUAUGUUAAUGAAAGUCUUUCUACAUGGAUGCCAGAGAUAUCUAAAGAUAUUCAAGUUAAAUUAGUCGAAGGUUUACCAAAUAUCUUAAACAUGUUUGACAAAAAUUUAAUUGAGUAUACGCAAGCUUUUAUUAAAAAAUCUAAAAUUGAUUUAAAAUUAAAUACUUUUGUUAAAGGUGUUGAUCCUAAUAUAAUUACUGUUGAAGUUAAUAAGGAAAAACAAGAGAUUCCUUAUGGGGUAUUGAUUUGGGCAACAGGUAUUCAGCCAAGAGAUAUAACACGUAAAUUAGCACAAAUAUUACCUGAGAUUCAAACAGAUCGUCGUGGAUUAUUAAUUAAUGAAAAACUACAAUUAUUAGGUGCAGAAUCAUCUAUUUAUGCAAUUGGUGAUUGUACAUUUCAUGGUGGUUUAGCACCGACAGCUCAAGUAGCUCAUCAAGAAGGUUUAUAUUUGGCUAAUAUUUUUAAACAAUUACAUAAAUUGGAUCAAUUAGAUUGGAAGAGUCAAUUACCAAGUACAACUGAAAAACAAUUAACCGAUAUAAAGAAAAAACAAGAUCAUAUUAUUAAUAAUAAGAUGCCAAAUUUUGAAUAUAAUUAUAAAGGUACUUUAGCUUACAUUGGAUCCGAGAGAGCCAUUGCAGAAUUAAAGAUUGCUGGCAAAGACUAUCAAUUACGUGGUAGUCCGUUUGCUUUCUUAUUCUGGAAAAUCGUCUAUCUGUCGAUGUGUGUCUCAAUUAGAAACACUUUGAUGGUCUCGAUGGACUGGUUUAAAUUUUAUUUCUUUGGUCGUAACUCCAUUUAA